AUGGAAAUUCUGGAGGAACUUCGUAUUGGUAAUUUAGACCCCAGUGAAGUAGAAGUGGUCAAGGAAAGCGAUGCUUCUGAUCCAUAUGCAUCAGACCCGGAGCGGCAUCCAGCUUUGAUCGUCGAUCAGCAACGCCCUUUCAAUGCGGAAACUCCUCCAUCUCUACUUAUGGAUCAUUUUCGAACACCAAAUGAAUUGUUCUUCGUCCGAAAUCAUAUGCCUGUACCGAAGGUCAUUGACAUCAAGAAACAUAGGCUGAAAGUUGAAGGCUUGGGAGUGAAACGCCCACUGAACCUUUCGGUUGAAGAGCUGAAGACCAAAUAUGAACCUGUUUCGAUCACAGCGGUAGUGCAGUGUUCGGGUAAUCGUCGAGCAAACAUGAAUAGCUACAAAAAAGUGCAAGGACUGCUAUGGGCUGAAACUGCCAUCAGCAAUGCAGAAUGGACCGGUGUUCGCUUACGAGAUCUCCUCAUCCAGGCGGGAGUAAAUCCUAACGAUUCAAGGAUAAAGCAUGUCCACUUGGAAGGUGCUGACACAGACGGCGAAGGUCAGAACUUUGGAGCCUCCAUCACUUUUGAGAAAGCCAUGAGUCCCGAAACUAUCGUUGUGUAUAGCAUGAAUGGAGAAGAUCUUCCUCGGGAUCAUGGUUAUCCAUUAAGAAUCAUUGCGCCUGGUAUGUCCAGAAUUUUUCGUUCACAAUUUUUUUCUUAUAUAAGUCAGUGUUGCACAGCACGACUUAGCCACCAAAUUGUUGAUGAAGUAUGAGA